AGCCGGUCACGUGACCAACCCGUGCCACGUGACGUCAGCGGCAGAUGGCAUGGGUACCAGCUCUGGCAGUUGGCAUCAGUGUCAUUUCUCUUAGCGCGAGACAAGGAGAACAGUGGGGAGGUGAGAAAAACGCACGAGCUGUUCACCUGCUGAAACGCCACGCGGAAAAUGAAAGUUCAAAAUUGGAAAUAUGAAAACUGACAUCUAACAUCAUCACAUUCCAGCAAGAGCACAAUGCUGACUCUUCCGUUUGAGGAUCCCGUCAUAAUGGACACCCAAUUCGGGGCGAACUUUCCACGGGACUGCGUGGGUGAAAUGAAGGUCAAUAAACAAGAGCCGUUUAAAAAGGAGGAGACGCUCUCCCACGCCAUGGAGGACGAGGAUUCGGAGAAAGACGAGGACGAAAGGGAGGACGGACAGGACGAGAACGGUCUGCCUCGGAGGAGAGGGCCUCGGAAAAAGAAAAUGACCAAAGCUAGAAUAGACCGGGUCAAGUUGAGGCGCACGGAGGCCAACACCAGGGAGAGGAACCGAAUGCACGGCCUGAACAACGCCCUGGACAGCCUGCGCAAGGUGGUGCCCUGCUACUCCAAAACCCAGAAACUGUCGAAAAUCGAAACGCUGCGGCUGGCCAAGAACUACAUCUGGGCGCUUUCCGAGAUCCUGAGCACUGGGAAGAGGCCUGACCUCUUGACCUUCGUUCAGACCCUGUGUAAAGGGCUCUCGCAACCCACCACAAACUUAGUGGCCGGAUGUCUGCAGCUGAACGCCAGGAACUUCAUCCCGGAUCAGAUCAGCAGCGAGCCGUCUUUCUCUGGUAGGUCACAGUACGAGUCUGUGUACGGGACCUACCACAGUCCGGGUGUGGUGACACCCUCUGGACCCUCCAUAGAUCCUGUCAAACCCUUCAGGCCGUUCAGCUACUGCAGCUCCUAUGAGACUUUCUACGAAAGCGUCUCGCCGGAAUGCGGAAGCCCUCAGUUCGACGGUCCCAUAAGCCCUCCUAUUAACUUUAACGGGAUCUUUUCCCUCAAGCAAGAAGAGCCGAUCGAAUACGGCAAGAGCUGCCACUACGGCACGCGCUAUUGCGCGGUCCCGCCGCGCUCCUCCAUCAGCCAGAGCGCGAGAGGCGCGUCAGAUCUUCAUUUCCCCUAUGACGUUCAUCUCCGUGGCCAGUUUUACCCCGUGCAAGACGAAUUAAACACUUUUCAUAAUUAAUGACAGAAAAAGUCAAAUGUAAGUGAAAAGGAUCGAGCGAAAAUGCAGGACUUUCAAUCGCACAUGUAUUAUUUAUAAAGUCCUCUCAUUUGGGACAAUCGGAUGUUUUAUUAUUUAUCAUUUUUGAUUAAAUGGAAGAUGUGCUUACAGUGUUCCUAAACGAAUUGUUUUUUUUUUUAACUGUUCGACAAAAUGUGUGGUCUGAUGGGAAAACAAUCCACUAACAACAUUGUGUUUUACGCGGAUGAUAUUUAAGUAUCACGUUGUUUGUGUGCAUUUUAAUUUAAUGGCCUGUAUGAGUAGCCUAUUAAUAUAGAUCUAAAAAUCUGUCACUAAGGUCUCUUGCCCCGAAAGGCAUAAUUUAAUUAUAAGUUCAUUUAAAUAUUUGCGAUAAACAUUCAGUAAAAUAUGAGAGCAAUAAUUGUUAAGGGUGCUAUGCAAUAUAUAAUUCUCGAUCUGGCCCUUUAUUUUAUUUUAUACACAUAAAUUUGUCUAAACAGUUUACACACACAAAGUUCAAAAUAUUAUAGUGUUAACAAGACUAAAUAUCUCAUCAUUCUGUUAUACAUAAAUGUGUUUAUUCGUUUAUGAAAUGUAACAUGAAAAACUAAAAACAUGAUUUUUUAUUUAUUUCCUUUGAAUAAAACUUUCGUUACGAAAAUUUCGUGAUGUUUUACACAAGGCACAUGUUUUCGCUAAAUAAAUUUAAUCAACCAUUGCCUAUUAUUAUUAUUUACACGCCAAGAUCACCAGGAAGAGGCAAUUAUUGAAUCAAUUUACUUUGAAGGUGACGAUAUUUAAAAAUAUUUGGAUGUAAUUCUGAAAAUGAAAUAAUUAUGGUAUGUUAUUAAUUUGUUUGUUUCAUUGAUUUCAAUUUGUGUUAUUUAACUUUAUAAAUGUAGACAAUUGAGCAUUCAAACACUUCAAAUAAAUCGCAUUUGUCUACGCAUAAUUUUCAGAAGGAUGAUAAAGGAAAAAUCACAAUAGACGAUGAUGUAAUUGUGCAACAGAUUGUUUGGCAAUUCUGUCUUUUCUGUAAUGCAGAGUCGUCGAUAAAUAUUGGUGAUAUUGCGUAGCCUACAAUCUCGGAACAAUCACUGUAAGCAAAUGCAUUUGAAGCAUGUAAAAUCUAAUGAAAAGAGUCUGUGCUUUCUAGUGAACUCAUGUCACAGGAAAACCUGCCUUAAUAUAUUUGUCACGCAUCAUUCAUGCAAAUGUCAUGGACGUCUACAGUGGUGGAUUCGUGCAUUUGGACUUCUCACCAUGCAAACGGAAUUUUUAUUUGAAUUAUUUUGUGUGAAAAUGACUGAAAGAACUGAAACUGUCUUUGUACACUGUCAAGCUGUUUUGUACAGUAAAAUAAAGUUUAAUUAAAUACAUUUCUCUGUUGAAAACACUGUUUAGUGAAUAGACUACAUGGCAUCUAAAAUCAAAUGAAAAUAAUAAAAAAUAAAUAAAAUGCAUAGGCCAAUCUAAAUAAAAUUAAAAAAAAUUGGACAUCUAAACCUCGUUGUGUCGCAAGAAAAAAAAGCACUAAGAAAAAAUUAAACCACAAUGUCGCAUUUCGUUUUGGAAAUUAUAAACCAAUGAACAAAAACAAAACAACGCUUUAAAAAUGUGCAAAGAUAAUAUUGGUAGACUAGUUAUUUAAGUAGCUACAAAUUUAAAGUAGCGUUCAAAUAGGCCUAAGAAAAUGCCUGAAAGUCAGAGGACAAAGGAAUUUAAUUUAUGGUUAGGCCUACCUGCCAAAAUCACGCAAUCCUUCUCGUGCAUUAUAGUUUAUGCUUUUGCGACGCAUUUUAGUCAAUGUUAAUUGUAAAAUGAGAUGUUGUUCAGCACUGGGUUUAGGAGAGUAAAGGUUGUCUGGGUUGGAUCUCUCAGCAGAGAGCUGGACACGGGCCAAACAGCGACAGACUGCGGAUCAGGAUCCUGAAAUCAGCGAUUCCCCCGCGAAUGUGCAUUGUCAUAAUUUCACCCCACAAUCAAAAGUGUGUGGUGAGUUCAAUUCCCGACUAUAAUGCGUGAUAUUAAGUGAAUGCAAUGUGAACCGCUUUCGGAUAAAAUGCUGAGCCAAAUAGGCCUACAUAACAGUCAUAAAUGUUUAUAUGCAACAUAAGUUCGCUUUAUAUAAGUAGGCCUAGAUAGA